UGCCGGGACGCCCUGUGUGUUGGCCGCGGCGACGAACAUCACUUGCCUGGAGACACCCCUCCCUCACUCUACGAGUCAUCCACAAUGGAACCCACCCAGGAGGUUAUGGAGACCACAGCCGUGGACCUGGGCGCCCUUCUGGACGCAGGGGACGGCGCAGUCGUCACACUGGUGGCGGGCGGCACACGUCUCGUGGCGCACAGGGCCGUGUUGGCCGAUAGAAGCCCCGUGUUUGGCGGCAUGUUUCGCCACGAUACACUGGAAGCCACGGCUGGUGAGGUCGCAAUCCCAGACGUGGAGGGCCCGGUGCUGCGCCAGCUGGUCGCCUACCUCUACACCCUCCAGGCCCCUCAGCUGCCCAGCCUGGCCCCCCACCUGCUGGCAGCCGCUGAUAAAUACGGCGUGUCGGCCCUGAAGGCUCGGUGCGAGCAGCUCGUGGCCGCUCAGCUGUCCGUCGAGACAGCGGCGGCCACAGCUGUUCUGGCGAUCAGGCACUCCUGCACCAGCCUCUGGCAGGCCGCCGUUAACUUCAUCAAGGCCAACGUCACCCAGGUUAUGACCACGCGGGGUUGGGCUGAUGCGGUGCGCACUCAGCCUGAAGACGUGGUCAGACUGAGUCAGUUGCUUGCGAGUCCUCUGGCAGCAGCCAGCGCGCCAGCCUCUGCAGACGGCAGUGGGCCGCAGGGAGACCGCGGCCGCACCCCUGCCACUGCUGCGCCGCCCACGACCAGCCGCACCCCUGCCACUGCUGCGCCGCCCACGGCCAGCCGCACCGCUUCUCCGCCAGAUGACUCUGCCGUCUCUCGCCUGCGGAGCAUUCCUGAAAAGGAGAAGAACAGGAGAUUGAUUCAGGCAGUGAAGGAGGAUGCAGUCAACGAGCUGCAGAAUCUACUGGCAGCUGGUGCGACCGUCGGGGCGAGGGAUGACCGCGAGAGCAGGUGGACCACCCUCCACUGGGCAGUAGAGAAGGGACACGUGAAGGCAGCGAGGUGCCUGGUGGAGGGUGGAGCAGACGUGGACGCCAGGACCAGCAACUGGCAGGAGACGCCCCUGCACAGGGCUGCAGUUCAUGGCCACGAGGCUGUGGCACGGCUGCUGCUGAAAGCAGGGGCAGAGGUUAAUGCCAGGAACAGCAAGCAGAGGACGCCCCUCCAUCUGGCUGGGUACCAUGGCCGUGAGGCUGUGGUGCGGCUGCUGUUGGCGGCCACUCCCUACCACAACGCCAGGGAUCAGUGGGGGGACACGCCGCUGCACGAUGCAGCUCUGCAGGGCCACGCAGGGGUGGCAUCUGCACUACUUGAGGCUGGGGCUGACCGCAGGGCCAGGAAUAACCAGGGGAAAACACCACUGGACCUCGCCAGGCAGAACAACCACCAGCAGCUGAUAGAAAUGAUGCCUGCAACUCUUUGGCGAAAUGAUGAAGCGAAAAAUAUGUCUUUCGGAGACAUGAUUCCUCCAAAUUUACUAAAUGCUGAUGUCUUGAGAAAUGCUAAAGAACGUGAAAGGGACAAACGAUUUGGUAUAACAACGAGUACUACUAUACUGAAGUACCUUCCUGUAAGAAGAAUAUUUAACCAGAUGCGUGUACCAGUGAAAUCAGAACCCUUCUAUACGCUCGAGAUAAACCGCACGCUGAUACGCGCCGAGGAGCACGUGCGAGGCACGGUGACGUCACGCUGUUGCCUGCAGGCGCAUAAGGACUGGCGGGCUGUGUCGCUGAGCUCACUGCGACUCCAGCAGCUGCCGGGACGCUCCGUGUGUGUUGGCUGCGGCGACGAGCAUCACUUGCCUGGAGACACCCCUCCCCCACUCGACGGUGAGUCCUGUUCACCCUUACGGUUUCUUCAUAUACUGAGUGCCCCAUUGUACUUCGAGUUGGGCCCGGUGCUCCGCCAGCUGGUCGCCUACCUCUACACCCUCCAGGCCCCUCAGCUGUCCAGCCUGGCCCCCCAGCUGCUGGCAGCCGCUGAUAAAUACGGCGUGUCGGCCCUGAAGGCUCGGUGCGAGCAGCACGUGGCCGCUCAGCUGUCCAUCGAGACAGCGGCGGCCACAGCUGUUCUGGCGAUCAGGCACUCCUGCACCAGCCUCAGGCAGGCCGCCGUUAACUUCAUAAAGGCCAACGUCACGCAGGUCAUGACCACGCGGGGUUGGGCUGACGCAGUGCGCACUCAGCCAGAAGACGUGGUCACACUGGGUCAGCUGCUCGCGGAUCCUCCAGCAGAAGCCAGCGCGCCGGCCUCUGCAGACGGCAGUCCGCGCCCCGGCAGUGGGCCGCAGGGAGACCGCGGCCGCACCCCUGCCACUGCUGCGCCGCCCACGGCUACCCACACCACUCCUCCGCCAGAUGACUCUGCCGUCUCUCGCCUGCGGAGCCUUCCUGAAAAGGAGAAGAAUAGCAGGCUGAUUCAGGCAGCGAAAGGGGGUGCAGUUACUGAGCUGCAGACGCUGCUGGCAGCUGGUGCGGACGUGGGGGCGAGGGAUGAGGCCGAGAGCAGGUGGACCACCCUGCACUGGGCUGCAGACAAGGGGCACGAGAAGGCAGUGAGGUGCCUGGUGGAGGGUGGAGCAGACGUGGACAUCAGGACCAGCGGCUGGCAGGAGACGCCUCUGCACAGGGCUGCAUACAGUGGCCACGAGGCUGUGGCGCGGUAUCUGCUGGAGGCAGGGGCGGAGGUUGAUGCCAGGAACAAAACGCAGAGCACGCCCUUGCUCUUGGCUGCAGAGAAAGGACACGCGGCGGUGGUGCGGCUGCUACUGGCCUCCACGCCUUACCACAGCGCCAGGAAUCAGUGGGGGCGAACGCCGCUACACGAGGUGGCUCUGAACGGCCACACAGAGGUGGCUUCUGCACUGCUCGAGGCAGGGGCCGACCGCUGGGCCAGGAAUAACGAGGGGAAAACCCCACUGGACCUCGCCACGCAGAAAAACCACCAGCAGCUGAUAGACAUGCUAAGGCUCGUGGCUGCUCAGCUGUCCGUCGAGACAGCGGCGGCCACGGCUGUUCUGGCGAUCAGGCACUCCUGCACCAGCCUCAGGGAGGCCGCCGUUAACUUCAUAAAGGCCAAUGUCGCCCAGGUUAUGUCCACACAGGGCUGGGCUGACGCAGUGCGCACUCAGCCAGAAGAAGUGGUCACUCUGAGUCAGCUGCUCACGAGUCCUCCAGGAGAAGCCAGCGCGCCGGCCUCUGCAGACGGCAGUCCGCGCCCCGGAAGUGGGACACAGGGAGACCGCGGCCGCACCCCUGCCGCUGCUGCGCCGCCCACAGCUGCCUGCACCACUUCCCCACCAGAUGACUCUGCCGUCUCUCGACUGCGGAGUCUUCCUGAAAAGGAGAAGAACAGCAGGCUGAUUCAGGCAGCGAAGGAGGAUGCAGUCGACGAGCUGCAGACGCUGCUGGCAGCCGGUGCGGACGUGGGGGUGAGGGCUGAGGGCGAGGACAGGUGGACCACCCUCCACUGGGCAGCAAACAAGGGACAUGUGAAGGCAGCAAGGUGCCUGGUGGAGGGUGGAGCAGACGUGGACGCCAGGUGCAGCAGUUGGCAGGAGACGCCCCUGCACAGGGCAGCACACCAUGGCCACGAGGCUGUGGCGCGGCUGCUGCUGGAGGCAGGGGCGGAGGCUGAUACCAGGAAUAAAACGCAGACCACGCCCCUGCAUGCGGCUGCAAAUCAUGGCCACGUGGCUGUGGUGCGGCUGCUGCUGGCGGCCACUCCUUACCACAACGCCAGGAAUCAGUGGGGGCGAACGCCGCUGCACAAUGCGGCUCUGAACGGCCAUGCAGAAGUGGCAGCUGCACUGCUCGAGGCAGGGGCCGACCGCUGGGCUAGGAAUAACGACGGGGAAACCCCACUGGACCUCGCCAGGCAGAACAACCACCAGCAACUGAUAGACAUACUAAAGUUAAAGUCAUUCACAAUGGAACCCACCAAGGAGGUUAUGGAGACCACAGCCGUGGACCUGGGCGCCCUUCUGGACGCAGGGGACGGCGCAGUCGUCACACUGGUGGCGGGCGGCACACGUCUCGUGGCGCACAGGGCCGUGUUGGCCGAACGGAGUCCCGUGUUUGGCGGCAUGUUUCGCCACGACACACUGGAAGCCAACACCGGUGAGGUCGCAGUCCCGGACGUGGAGGGCCCGGUGCUGCGCCAGCUGGUCGCCUACCUCUACACCCUCCAGGCCCCUCAGCUGCCCAGCCUGGCCCCCCAGCUGCUGAAGGCAGCUGAUAAAUACGGCGUGUCGGCCCUGAAGGCUCGGUGCGAGCAGCUCGUGGCCGCUCAGCUGUCAGUCGAGACUGCAGCGGCCACAGCUGUUCUGGCGAUCAGGCACUCCUGCACCAGCCUCAGGCAGGCCGCCGUUAACUUCAUAAAGGCCAACGUCGCCCAGGUUAUGAUCACGCAAGGCUGGUCUGAUGCAGUGCACACUCAUCCUGAAGAUGUGGUCACACUGGGUCACCUGCUCGCGAGUCCUCCAGCAGAAGCCAGCACGCCGGCCUCUGCAGACGGAUGUUCGCGCCCCGGCAGUGGGCUGCAGGGAGACCGCGGCCGCACCCCUGCCACUGCUGCGCCGCCCACGGCUGCCCGCACCACUCCUCCGCCAGAUGACUCUGCCGUCUCUCGCCUGCGGAGCCUUCCAGAAAAGGAGAAGAACAGCAGGCUGGUUCAAGCAGCGAAGGAGGAUGCAGUCACUGAGCUGCAGACUCUGCUGGCAGCUGGUGCGGACGUGGGGGCGAGGGAGGAGAGCGAGGACAGGUGGACCACCCUCCACUGGGCAGCAAACAAGGGACACGUUAAGGCAGCGAGGUGCCUGGUGGAGGGUGGAGCAGACGUGGACGCCAGGUGCAGCAGCUGGCAGGAGACGCCACUCCACAGGGCUGCAACUAAUGGCCACGAGGCUGUGGCGCGGCUACUGCUGGAAGCAGGUGCAGAGGUAGAUGCCAGGAACAAAACGCAGAGCACGCCCUUGCUCUUGGCUGCGUAUCAUGGCCGAGAGGCUGUGGUGAGGUUGCUGCUGGCAGCCACUCCUUACCACAACGCCAGGGAUCAGUGGGGGGAAACGCCAUUGCACAAUGCUGCUCUGAAGGGCCACGCAGGAGUGGCAUCGGCACUGCUGGAGGCAGGGGCCGACCGGAGCUCCAGGAAUAACCAGGGAGAAACCCCACUGGACCUCGCCAGGCAGAAAAACCACCAGCAGCUGGCAGACUUGCUAAGGUGAAGCUAACAGUUCACAGGCAUCCUAGGAGUAAAACGGAAAGAGCUCCACUCCAUGACUUUUCUUCAUUAUUAAAAUAAAGAAUGUGAUAAAUUUAAACCUGCGGUCAUUCACUGUUUCUAUACUCCAACUUCAGGGACAGCGUUUUAUCUCUGUACACUUGUAUGGCUUUUGCUUCUAGUGAGCCCUCCAAAAGAUGUUUAGUACAUCCAACUAUUUCAAUUUUAAAUCAUGGUAUACACUUUUAAUGUGAUAUAAAAUUUUUCAAAAAUUAUAAAAAAUACUGGAAGAUUAAACUUGUCUCAAAUGUGAUAACGUUUUCCAAGGUACAAUGUGGUCAUCGACCUAGGAACAAAUUACUGAAAUUCAAAAGUCCUGCAGACUAGAAAAAUCUCAUCAAUACUGUACUUACUAGUGUACCUGUUACUCUACUACACACCAAUAAUUAGUAAAUGAAAUGAAAUUAAGAAUAAUUUUAUAGUAACACCAUUAAAAAUUAAAAAAUGUCGAAAUACGAGCU